UGCAACAGACGCCAAAUAUACGGUGCGGUUGUCCAAUAUACGAGCCGUACGCGAACGCAGCACCACCGAAGCGAACAGUGGAACACCCUCCUGAAAGCAAAAAGCUUGACCGGACAAAACGCCAAACUCUGCAGUGGCGUCCUCGGCGCUGCGAAGGAAACAGCAGGAACCCGAGGCCUUUUUUCCAGCACUAAAACGGGGUAAACAAAAUAAAGUCUGCACUCUCUGGACUGAACCACGGCUGAGAAGAUGUCAGCGGCUUAUAAAGAGGACGAGGAAGACUGGUUGACUGUUUGUCUCAAGUACCUGCUCUUUGUCUUCAACUUUCUCUUUUGGGUGGGUGGAGCUGCAGUGUUGGGUGUAGGAGUGUGGACUAUGGUGGAGAAGAGCAACUACUUGAGUCUGUUGGCCUCCAGCACUUUUGCUGUCUCAGCUUAUAUCCUGAUCCUGGCUGGCAGCCUGGUGGUCGUUACGGGCUUCUUGGGCUGCUGCGCUGUUAUCCGGGAACAGAGAAGCUGUCUUUCUAUGUAUUUCUUCUUACUUCUGUUGAUUUUCUUGAUUGAGCUUGUGGCCGGAGUGCUGGCUUACGUUUACUACCAGAGGCUGAGUGACGAACUGAAAGAGCACCUCAACCAGACGAUGACUGAGAAUUAUGCUCAGCAAGGAAAGGAGACAAUCACCGCUGCCGUAGACCGACUGCAACAAGAUUUCAAAUGCUGUGGCAGCAACAACUCCCAGGAUUGGAUGCUGAGUGUGUACAUUAGGUCAGAAGAGUCAGGAAGCAGAGUGGUCCCUGACAGCUGCUGUAAAACCAUUACCCCUGACUGUGGCAGGAGGGACCAUCCCUCCAACAUCUAUAAAGUGGAGGGUGGUUGCAUCACUAAGCUGGAGCAGUUUCUUGCAGACCAUCUAUUGGUUAUUGGUGCAGUGGGAAUUGGAGUGGCCUGUCUUCAGAUCUGUGGGAUGGUGUUCACCUGCUGCCUGCACAGGAGGAUCAGGAUGGAUCCUUACUAAGCGCACAAGACCCCAACAAACCACCAGAAACAUGCAGAUGUAGGAAAGCCCGAUGACACCUGACUUCCCGAUCUGGAUCUAGAAUUCCAAUCAGAUCAUAUAAGUGAGGUUCACAUACAUUUACCGCCAAACAAAUUAAACCAUUGAAUCUGGUGCACUAUAGGAAGCAGAUAGGUUUAUUGGCUGACAUGCAUGGUUUAAAAUGAGCUGAACUAUUACUUUCUGUAACUAUUGUCUUUAAGUUUUCUGCCUUCUGAACGCAGCAUUUCCAGUUUUUGAGCUUGAAGAAGCAUUUGAAAAGACAAUGGAGUGGCUAUGCUUUUCAUUGUUUAUGAAAAAAUAAACAUAUUGUGCCUUUUUUAGGAUUCUGCUCAUAAUUAUGUGCCAGUGCCUUGAAUCUUUAUUAAAGAAACCAUGACAACACACCGUGAUAAACUAACAAUAAAUGCUAUAUUUAUAUUAGUGGUUAUUUUAAUGUUUCCAAAAAAAAA